GGACACCACUGCAAAAUUUUACAGAUCUGCCGUGGCCUACAUAUCUCUCUUCAAUGUCCCAAAAUUGUACAUUUGGUGACCACAUAACGCUUCAGGCCGCUUCCAAUCUAUACAAUGUCGCGUUCAGAGUUCUAUCGUCUAAUGGUCCUGGGUACGUAACUACUGUUUCUCCAGUGGCUGCAAACCAGAUGUGUACAUUCAUUUUAUGGCAUUUUGCCGAGGAUGACGGAGAACAUUAUGUUUGUUUAACAGAUGAAGAUAAUUUGAAUGAAUCAGAUCGAUGAUGAGAACGGAGAAAAUCCUGUAAACGGUAUUGAGGUAUGCGUGGACAAACAGAAUUCCGGUGACGAAAAUCAAGCGUCUGCUAGCAGACAGAACACUGGGUACGAUGAUCAAGAGUCUGUGGGCGGAAUAAACUCUGGGGAUGGCGAUCGAGCAUCUGUGGACAGACAGAACUCUGGGGAAGAUGAUCAAGUGUCUGUGGGCGGACAAGACUCCGGGGACUGUGAUGAAGCGUGCCAGAACGGACCAAACGAUCUCUCGUCAUCCACAGAGCCUUAUUUAAACCCAGAAAUUUCAUAAUGCUUCACACAAAACAAGGUCCUCCCGCUCCUUCCCCCAACCCCUUCCUCGUUCAACCAACGUGGGAAAGGAACAUGUUUCUUAUUUUGAUUCGAGAAUGUGUAGAACUUAUAACAAAACUAGUAGACCUAGUAUACGGGUUAUUUAUAACUUAGGUUCCGAAAAGUCAGAAUCACGAUACUGUCAGGAGUUAUUACAAUUUGUGUUAUUACAUUUUGCGUUAAAAAAGUUAUUACAUUUUGCGUUGGAAAGUUAUUACAUUUCGCGUUGAUAACUUUAUUACGUUUUGCGUUGAUGUUAUUACAUUUUGCGUUAGUAUUACAUUUUACUGCGAUUGUUAUUACAUUUUGCGGCGUAACAUACCUGUCAACAAUGGUUUUGAAUAUUUCUACAUUGCUAGUUAAAUGAACACAAACAAUUGCCAAGAUAGGCAUGAAAUAAUGUGAUUUCCGUUUCCAAGAAAGAAACUAUUGUUAUUUUUAUUGUGUACAUUACAAUCUGCAAUACCCUUUUUGUUUUGUAUUGCAUCAAGCUGAGAGGACUCCCUAUAGUUGACUCAAGGUGCACUUUUUAUCAGGCAGGAGGUGUGACAAAAAGGACAGACAAGAAAGAUGCGGGUAGACAUGAUGCCGUCGGUCAAACAUACAAUUCUUAUGUGUUGGUGGCUGAAAAUAGCAAUUACUGGAAGUGCUAGUCCUGAGGGAAACUGCACAUUUGAGAAUGACUUGUGUGGAUGGAUUAACGAGAAGAAAACGGACGUAAUGGACUGGAGGAGGUAUAAAGGGUCCUCCCCCACAAGGUUUACCGGACCGUCUCGGGAUGUUUCAGGCAACGGCUAUUAUAUCUAUAUAGAAUCCUCUUCUGGCUUACCAAGAGACAAGGCGAGACUUCGGAGCCCUCCCAUGAAAGGAAAGCAAUGCAUGACAUUCUAUUACAACUUCUACGGUACAACCAUGAGUUGCGUUGUUGUUUAUGUUCAAAGGUCCGACGGAACGGAGAGGGUCGUAUGGCUCAAGUCUGGUCACUGGGGAGACCGCUGGAUCAAAACGCAAGUCGAGACGAGUGACAAGACAGCUGAGUACCGGGUAAUUGUAGAAGGAAUAAAAGGAAGUUCAUACUUCGGCGAUGCAGCAUUGGACGAGUUUCGCUUCACCAGUGGAUCUUGUACACAGGAUCCUUCGGUCUUCCAUGUUGUUUCAAAAAAGGAAGAAAACAAUGAGAUUUUUAGAGUCCACCUCUUACCACCCCACGAUGAAUGGCGCCACGUGUUUGCAUUUAAGGCUGAUCAGAUCCAGCGGAGUGAAAACGAUACCAUACUUUUUGUUUACCCUCCGUCUUCGACAGGAAAUCACAUCAUAUCUACAGCUCUGUAUAUUAAUAGCUCUGAACGUUUUCCAACUGACUUCUUCAUCGCCAGAAGAAAUGAAGUCACCACUAACAUUUUUGAGGUUCAUUCAGGAUAUAACUUCUCUAAUAAGAUAACGAUUUCAAACCAGUCAACAGACUGUUGUCCUACAGUCUGGGAAACAACAAUUCCAAUUUUUCUCCUACCAGAGAGCAAAGAAAGUUGUUAUCCAGGCUGGAAAGCCGUCGGGUCUUCCUGUCUUCGUUUCUUUGUCAGCACGCGAAGAACCUGGGACGGAGCUCGUGCAUCUUGUCGACAACAAGGAGGGGAUCUGGCCUUGUUAGAUAAAUCUACAUCAUUCACCAAUGACUUGAUUAAGCUGCUUAUUAGCAUGACGAACUCAGAGACUGACUUUUUCGUGGGAUUUCGUCGAACGAGUGUUAAGUGGCGACCUGACAUCUGGAUGUGGAAUGAUGGAAAACAUGUUGAUGAAGAGCAGUGGAAGGGAGGCUACCCCCUGAAUAGUGACGAUAAUUUGUGCGGCGCGCUGAGUACGGAUGACAUGAAGCUUUUGAACGUUGAUUGUAACCAUAUGAACGGAUUUAUAUGUGAAAGUUUUGAAGUGAAUAUGUUCAAGUAUGGAACUUGGAGCUAUGGCCAAUUUCAAGGACAAGAAACGAGGUUUUCAUCAGUGUUCCAAAAGGACAUCACCUCUCCAAGAUGGAUUAUAAGUCUAGUCAAGAGGAUCUCUGUUUUCACGGUCGUAGUGGAUUUUUUUGUCAACUGUUGUGGCCAGCUUGCAGAAUCGGUAACAUUGUUAGUUGUUGAUGGGGACAUGUCUUACUCUGAGUGUGAGGAAAGCAGGACCUCUUACGAUCUAUCUACACUGAUCCUCCAGUGUACACCCCCAAGAAGAGGCAAAAGUGUUAUACUGGAGUUUUUAAGCCAGUCAUGGACUCCUUCAGCCAGUAGUGUCGCAGUUUCUGGUUUUGGUAAGUUAGUACACAACACACUAAAACAGGAAUGUGCCGCUGAAUUUAAAAUACUGUUUCAAAAACGUGUUGACUGCAACAACGUUUGAAUGCUUUUAUAUUCCGUUUGAGUUAGCACUUUUUUGCUGAGUCAAAUGCUGGCUCGAUCGCAUCUUCAUAUCAACACUGCUUUUGGUACUUGUAAUGUUUUGUAAAUCACUAUUUCGGUCAACAUCGAACACAAAGCACGUGUCCAUAGCAGGGGUGGCGAAUGGUACCCAGAAAAUCGUGGAUCUCGGAAAUUUUUGAUCCGAUCUCGAAAUCUCGGAAGCUUUUCUGACGAGUCACGAAGUCUCGUUUUUCAUGUGUUUCUUUCGGUCUCGGAGUCUCGAAUUUUUUUCGCAAGGUCUCGCAGUCUCGGAUUUGCUUUUUUAGCAGAGGUUCUCCGGGGAGGUAUCGCGUUGAGCGAGCAGAGUCAGUGUUGCUGAGAUUAAGUAUGGCGUUUACGCAAACGGCGGCAAAUACGGAACUUUUACUUCUCUUAUUAUAUUAGGCUGAUUUAGCAAGAGAACGGGAACGUCACUUGAGGACGGCGCGCGCAGUACAAAUACCCAAAUAU